UAAAAAGUACAAGACUUUUUUUAGCAGCCUUCAAAUAUGCCAAACUUAGAAGGCAAAGUAUGUCUUGUUACUGGAGCAUCAAGAGGCAUAGGAAAAGGGAUAGCUCUUCAAUUGAUAACUAAUGGAGCCACUUGUUACAUCACAGGAAGAGAUAUUGCUAAGUUGGAAGAUGUUAAAGCAGAGGCCAAACACAGAGGUGCAGAAGGUAAAUGCAUCCCAGUUCAAUGUGAUCACAGCAAAGAUGAAGAAAUUAAGAAAUUAUUCGAACAGAUUUCAAACGAACAAAACGAAACAUUGGAUUUGUUGGUUAACAAUGCUUAUUCUGCUAUCACUUUCGUUUUUGAAAACGCAAAAACUAAUUUCUGGGAUCAACCAAUGGACUCAUGGGAUCAAGUGAACAAUGUUGGCUUAAGAAACCACUAUCUCUGCACUGUAUAUGCUUCAAGAAUGAUGGUCAAACAACGACAAGGUCUCAUUAUUAACAUGAGUUCUGCUGGUGCUAUUGGACCAUUAUUCACUCCCUUAUAUGGAAUUGGUAAAGCAGCGAUAGACAGAAUGGUAACAGACUGUGCCACGGAGCUUAAGAAAUACAAUGUAGCUUUUCUAUCCUUGUGGCCGGGACCUGUAAAAACUGAACUUCUGCUUGGAGAUACAGGAAAAAUGAGUGACAGUCAUGAGAUGAUAACAGAUUGGGGAGAAACACCAGAGUUUUGUGGAAAGGCUGUUUCCCAUCUUUUAUGUGAUAAGAAUAUAAUAAGAAGAAGUGGCCAAGUUUGGAUGACAACUGACAUUGCUGAUGAACAUGGCUACACAGAUAUAGAUGGUAACUCGCCUGCUUCAAUGAGGAGUUUUAAACUCAUGUUUGCUCUGACACUGUUGAAACCCCUUGCUCCUUUCAUUCCACGGUGGAUAAAAGUUCCAUUUUGGUUGUGUAAGAUAAUUCUACCAUUGGGUGCACCACUAGAAGAAAAAAAGAAGAGCAAAUAUGAAUAGACCUUUGCAGAUAAAAUUAAAUGUGAUGUAAUUCCAAGAAAAACAAUCAUUUAGACAUCGAAAUAAAACCGAGUUUAACAAAAAA